AUGGCCGCCGUUGCAUUAGACAUGACUAUGACCAAUGUCCUCAAUUCUUUGGACUUGGACAAAGUGCCCGAGAAACUAAAAUGCACGCGCUGCCACAACUUCAAUCUAAAUCCCUACAAGACCUCUUGCUGCGACGUCGGCAUCUGCGAAUCAUGCUUCAGCUCUACCCGCGGCUCCAGUUGUCCCAAGUGCGAACACAGACCCUUUACGGACGACAUCUGCAAGCCCAGUAAGGCCAUGCAAAAGACCAUCAAAGUGUAUCUCAAGACGCAAGAGAAGACGAAAGUGGAUGAGCGGACCAAAUCAGAUGUACAGGACGAAGCGGUCCUCUCACCAGAUGCGGGCAAACCGAUCUUGAAUGGCGGCAGUCAAACAGACGGGCCCGCGGCAGGAGUACCGGAGGAGCAGCGACCAGCAGAUGCGGCAGAAAGUGAAGAAACGCCUGCUCUAGACGUCCAACCGUCAAUUGAGGAACCUGAGCCCGAACCAGCCGAUAACGACGACGAUAUUGAGAUUCAGGUAGAAGCAGAGGAUGAGAGUCAGCAACCGAUUCCCCACCGAGUAAAGAGUGCAGAAGACACUCCUCAACCCCAACCCGCCAGUUCGUUCGAGAUCCAACGGAACUCACAAGACGUGAUCAAAAACAACGCGGAGGGUUUCAGUGGCAUGGACUUUUCAAACAUGAUGAAUGGAUUCGGCAAUAUGGAUUACAAUCAAAUGAUGCAAAUGAUGGCGGCAAACGGAAUGAGCUUCAAUCCUAUGAUGGGAAUGCCUAUGGGAAUGAGUCCAAUGUCAGCUGGCAUGUUUGGCGGAUUUGGCGGUCCAAACGGAGGCAUGAACAUGAAUGGGAUGAGUGGCAUGAACAUGGCGAUGAACUACAAUGCCAACCAAGCGAUGUAUGGCUGGGAUGGCCAGAACAACAAUAUGUGGCAGAAUAAUAAUGCAAAUGCAUUCUCGAAUGGCAUGGGCAAUGACUUCGGUUCCAACUAUGGUUUCAAUAUGGGCCCGUCUGGCAACUUUCAACAGCCCUAUGCCUCUGGUGACUUUCAAAACGGUUACUACGGCCGCGGCUAUGGCAGAGGUCGUGGUCGUGGUCGUGGCGGCUUUGCGAGGGGCCGUGGUAACUUCAAUCAAUACUCGCAGUAUCACCAACAGGGUCAUCAGAGCUGGUCUGGCCAAAAUCAAUUCGAUAACCGCAAUGUGCAGUCUCACAUGUUGCAGACUGGCUCCACUGAAGCAGUCGCUGAUGAAGAGCGCACCGACUACAACGAUCUUGUCGAUGAGAAUCAUGACGAUGAUGAAUUCGCUCCCGGUGGUCAAGAAGAAGUUCAAGAGGCCCUUGGAGACGACUACCAGAAGCCCGCUGCCGUCGAGAAGACUCCUACUACCUCUACGCCUGAAGCUUCCGCUGUUGCAGAUGAUGAGGUUAAGAAAGAGGCAGAAUCUGCACCAAAGGAUGAUUCCUCGGGUGUUGAUAAGGUGACUGUCACUGCCGGGCAGGAUCAACAGGACAUUACCGAACAACGGGUUUCUGAGCCUGUGACAGCGGCUUCAGCACAAGAAAAGCCAAUACCAGAGGCAUACAACGAGGAUCUUCAAGGGCCGAUGCCCCCACCAUCGGCGCCGCUUGGCCCCUCGGCUCAUUAUGGUGAUCAUCCCUUCCGCAUUCGAGGACAUGGUAGAUUCUCCUCGCGCGGCCGUGGGUCGAUGUCGAUGCCAAAUGGUCAUAUUUCUUCACCAGUAAAACCCUUCCCGCAAGCCGGUUCACCCCUGGAGCCAAAGGGGGUGGGGGUUGUGGGUGCGCCAACGGGUCCUAGAGCGAUGCGUGAACCACCUGUUCCUGGGAGACCCGCUUCACGUCCUGCAGCAUCCGGGUUCCAAAUCAUGGGAAGAGCAUCUAUGGCAGCAUCCCAUCAGCGAUCAGAGUCUCGAGAUAUCGAGAGCAGCCGUAGCAAGACCCCCGACAAAGACAGGGACAGAUCCAGACGGCAGUCCAUACAGGACAAGUACGUCAAUGCGAAAUAUGAAGGAGACGAGCAAGAGGAAUCAGAUUAUCGUGGUUCCGACAAGCCUUCUAGAAAAUCAUCCCGGCGUGGCACCUACGAUGACUAUGACCGAAACGAGCGAGAAGCUUCCUAUGCGGAAUCGGAUUCUGGGGAUUACAAGUCAUCAUCGCGGCGCAGUCGGGGAGAUAAGGAGAGAGCAUCAAAGCAGCAGUCAUCCCGCUCCUCACGGCGAUAUCACGACGAAGAGGUGAACGGGGACCACGAGAUGGACGACUACGAUGAUUCGACAAGGUCAUCGAAUCGAGACGGCUACGAGGGAGAAAGCAGGAGCAGGCACCGAAGUAGCAAGUCAUCUAGAUACGACGACCGAGAUCGAGAUCGUGACCGUGACCGUGACCGUGACCGCGACAGAGAUCGAGACCGAGAUAGAGAUCGUGAGAAGACCCGGACUAAAGACCGAGAUCGCGAGCAUCGAGACGACAAGCAUAGAGAUCGAGACCGAGAACGAGACCGCGACCGCAAGCGCUCUCGACAUGACCGCCACCGCGAAGACAAUGACAAGCAUCAAGAGUAUGACUACGACUACGACUACGAUCAGGAGAAGGAUGAGACCGCUGAGGAGCCCGAGUCGCGCCAUCGCUCACGGCGCCACAAGAAAGACCACCGCCGCGAUGUCGAGGAUGCCAAUGGGAUGGACAGUUCAGUAGUCAAUGGACACUCACAGUCUCACCGCUCCAGUGCCACAGGAACGCCGGCGCCAGCGCCAGCACCGUCGACGUCGACGUCAGCUCAAGCAGAAGAAAAAGAUCCCCACACGCUCGAGCGCGAAGCAAGGAACCGCGAGCGCAUGCUCAAAGAACAACAGCGGCGUGAGAAAGCGGCCAAACAAGCCUCGUCGUCGUCUGGUGGCGGGAACACGGGUGGCAGGAGAGUCACGUACAAAUACGAGGAUCUCGAGAGGGGGCUUGUUGAGGGCGAGAGGGAAAGCCAUGGGAGACGGUGGAGGUAG